AUCACCCACUCAAAGCUCGAAUAGCCCCGUUUAGCUCACAGUGACGGCAGCAUCGCCGGCUGCAACUCCGUCGUCAACCUCCCAACAUUGUCAUCGGCGACAUAUUCAAAUUUCAAACCUACGGAGAUCUCUUAACAAAGUAACCCUUCUUCAGCUCUACACUCAGAAUGGAUCCUCUUUCAGUUCUCCGUGAAUACACCAUGAAGGACGACCUGAACAAGAUCGUCCGCGUUAACGGCCAGUUCCGCUUCGGCUCCGAUUACUCCUUCCCUUGCUCCGCCGAAACAGCGUACCGUUCCAGAGAAGGCAACCUCUACACCCUCGAAACGCUGGUCCAUUUUCUCCAGUGCGCGAAUCUCAAGCACACCGACUAUCUCCAGAGCUGCCGCGCCCAUGGCGUUCCCUACAUCAGUUUAGUCGACCGGAAGCCGCUUCUUGACUACUUGAAGGGGGUAAUCGCCGAUUCCGACGCCGUCGUUUUCCCUCCAUCAUACCUGCGGCCGCAAGAGCAAAACCCUAAUUCGGCUAGAAAUCUAGGUCACGAUUAUUAUGACGCCCCCAAUUUCGACCCCCUUAAUGAUGCCGCCGUCGAGGAGAUGGAUACUGAUCAGAAUGGUGAAGUGAAGGAUAUCUUGUCAGUGAUCUGCUCGAUGGAGAGGCCAUUGAAGGAUCGGGAGUCUCUGCUGCAGUGUAAGAAAAAGGAUUUCUACAGCGUAUUGGAUUCCUCGAUGAAGAGGGAAGAUGAGCGGCAGAGGAUUGAAUCGCAGCAGAGGAAAGAUGGGUUGGUGUCUAAGAGCAGCAGAUUGAAUGAUGACAGGGGGGCUGGCUAUGGCGAUGAUAACGAUUCAGGGAUGAAGCCGAAACUAAGAGGGAAAAUUGGGGAAGGAGUGCCUAUCAUCUUGGUUCCUAGCGCGUUCCAGACUUUGAUAACUAUUUACAAUGUUAAGGAGUUCCUGGAGGAUGGGAUUUACAUACCUACGGAUGUGAAGGUGAAGCAAAUGAAAGGGGCGAAACCAGAGUGCGUGACUGUGCAAAAGAAGUUUAGCACUGAUAGGAACAAGGUGAUGACUGCUUAUGAGGUUAGGGAUAAACCUUCUUCCCUAAAGUCUGAUGAUUGGGACCGGGUUGUGGCGGUUUUUGUGCUGGGGAAGGAAUGGCAGUUCAAGGAUUGGCCUUACAAGGAUCAUGUGGAGAUUUUUAAUAACAUUAUUGGUUUCUUCAUGCGAUUCGAAGAUGACAGCAUAGAGUCUGCUAAAACUGUGAAACAGUGGAAUGUGAAGAUUAUCUCGAUUAGUAAGAACAAGAGGCAUCAGGACAGGGCAGCUGCAUUGGAGGUGUGGGACAGACUGGAAGAAUUUGUGCGCUCACGAUCACAUUCUUGAAAACGUGCAUCAAUGUUGAAAAGACGAUAUCAGAAGCUGUAUCAGGCUAUCAUCACAAUCCACAAAGAUGUGGAUAAUUUAUUGCCUAAUCAUGUGAAUAUGUCAUCAAGGACAGAUGCUGUCGGGUGUUUAUCAAUCUCCUCCAGUGGCAAUCACUUGGUUGCAUUGCAGGAGGCUUUUACCUUCGAUACAAUAAGACAGUAAUUCACCACUUUGCAGGGAGAGCAUCAGUAUCUCAUGGAGGCAGAAUAACAAUAUGAGGCUGCCGUGAUGAAGAAGAAGAGCAGCAAAGACGUUGGCGCCUUGAUUGAGCUCCCAUCUGAGCUACUAGUUCCGGGCGCACCUCCUAAUCCUUCUGCAAACAAUUCCAUUCCAAAGUAAGAAAGACUUGGUCGAGAGAAAAAGGGAAAAGAAAUUCACUUGCGAUUGGGGGGAAAAGCACCAUGCCUACCUCGAGAACUCGGAGUGAGUGGUACUGGGCUUCCCCCAGGGGACGCACUUGGGGAAGCAGCUGCAGGCAGAAGUUUAUUGUUCAAAGUUAGCAAACCAAUCUUUCAUGUGUUAAAUUCUUUCAGGUAGUAAAUAUAAUAGUAACCAAGAAGAGAGGAGAGAGCGAGCUAGCUCGGUAUCUUGCCAUUGCAGCUGCUCACAGGUGGAGUCUGGACAUUACAAGCAGCAGGCAACUCCAGAGCCCGUGUCUGAUUGAAACCAGGGAUGCCAAACGAAGAGCCACCGCCACUGAGAAGCUGGCACAAGCACAGGGGCGAUAAGCGAACAACUUUGUCGAGCUGGCUGCAGCAGGUCUUGUUGGGACUGGAGUCACUGCCGCUGAUGUAACCGAGGCAGGGGGUCAAGCUGGCGAGCACUGUCGAGCAGUCCAACGACUGAGCACUGGAUCCACCAGCCCAUAGAAGCUGCACGGAAGGAUAUGAUCACAGGGAACGGUCCAAAGCUCUGACUUUGGUAAUUGCUACGUCGACAGCCAUGUGUGGGGUGGUGUUUUAUAGCAGUAGCUGAGGAAACUGCAGAAAGCGAUGUUUUGAAAUCUGGGAGGGUUACCGGCCCUUGUGGAAUCGCGGCCUCGUCGCUUUCGUAGGUAGUAUUGUGUACGUACUUAGGCAGACCAAUUUCCCAUUGACCUCUGUAUUCUGGAUUAUUAAACAGCACAGAUAUAGUUUGGUGAAAAUGUGUUAAUCAUAUUGAAACAUCCUGGGUAGGAGGAAUUGGAGUCUUGGCGAAUUCUGAAUAGGACACUGGAAUUGAAGAGAAGAGGAGAAGGGUUUGAGAAGAGAGUUAGGGAUUGGAGAAGAAGAUGAAGAAAUGCAGAGAUAGGGAAGGAGAAGAAGCAGAGAGGAAGACAGGGAAAGAACAAAGGAAUUUCUGUAAUUGAUAUUCGAUACCUUUCUCCUAACAACACAUCCCUAUUUAUAUGUCACACCACACUAAUUACACAUUGCUCCCCAAACUAAAUCGUAUGACAAUUACCCCCUACUCAUACAUUGGUUAGUUACACAUGUAGUGUCAGCUUUUGACUUAUGUUAUCGAAUACCAGAUUACCAGAU